GCCUCGUUUCUCUCUGUCCUGAUUGGUGCGGCAGGACUCGUCCCGCGCUCUCCGGUAUUUAAGGAGGUUUUCCGCUGCUGGAGACACAGUUUCUCUUGACACCAGUUCCAGAAAGACAUUAUCAACAUGAGUGGCCGCGGAAAGACCGGAGGGAAAGCCAGAGCGAAGGCCAAGACCCGCUCCUCCCGUGCAGGACUGCAGUUCCCAGUGGGUCGUGUCCACAGACUGCUGCGUAAAGGCAACUACGCUCAGCGCGUCGGUGCCGGCGCCCCCGUCUACCUGGCGGCUGUGCUGGAGUAUCUGACCGCUGAGAUCCUGGAGCUGGCUGGAAACGCUGCCCGCGACAACAAGAAGACCCGCAUCAUUCCCCGUCACCUGCAGCUGGCUGUCCGCAACGACGAGGAGCUCAACAAACUGCUGGGGGGGGUCACCAUCGCUCAGGGCGGCGUGCUGCCCAACAUCCAGGCGGUGCUGCUGCCCAAGAAGACCGAGAAGGCCGCCAAGGCCAAGUAA